GACGUUGUGUAACUCAGAACGCAUUUUGAAUUGGCGGGGAGCCGCUGGGAUUUUUCCACCUGCCAAUGUGUGUGGUAUCAGCGUGAGGAUGAUGAUAGUUAUGGCGGACGAGGCUGAGCCAAUGUGUCGAUAAAGAGAGCGUCUUCAUCCAUUGGUGCGGCAGUCACACCUGGUUCGUAUAACACGUCAGAGGGAUCGCGAUGUUGCCGCUGCUGCUGUUGGCCGUCCUGCUGUCGGCGGUGCCGACCCAGGCGCUGCUGAGGUCACCGCUGAACCGCCGCUACCCGGCCGAUGUCGGUCGAAAACUGCAGCCGGGCGCCGGUGAACCCGGCGAGCCGCUGUUCCUGACUCCGCUCAUUGAGGCCGGCGAGCUGGAGCAGGCCCGCGAACAGAGCAGGGUGAUUGGCCUGCCUGGUGCCGGCGAGAAUGUAACCAGCUACUCGGGCUACCUGACCGUCAACAAGGAGUACAACUCCAACUCCUUCUUCUGGUUCUUCGAGUGCAAGGAGGCGCCCCAGGACGCACCGUUGCUGCUCUGGCUCCAGGGAGGUCCCGGCGCCUCCAGUCUUUACGGCCUGUUCGUGGAGAACGGUCCGUUCGGGGCUGACCUCGACCUGAACCUGGUGCCCCGCGAGCUCACCUGGACAAACACACACAACGUGCUCUACAUCGACAACCCAGUGGGAACCGGAUUCAGCUUCACCGACGAUGAGGCCGGCUUCGCCCGCAACCAGGAGGACGUCGCUCGCGACCUGUACGAGGCGCUCACGCAGUUCUUCACCCUCUUCGACAGCUACCAGUCCAACGACUUUUACGUCACCGGAGAGUCGUAUGCCGGUAAAUACGUUCCAUCUAUUUCGUACAAGAUUCACCAAGAGAACCCGACGGCCAAUCUGAAGAUCAACCUGAAAGGUAUGGCUAUCGGUGACGGUCUGGUGGACCCGAUCAACCAGCUGGACUACGGCUACUUCCUCUACAGCAUCGGGCUGGUGGACGCCAACCAGGCGCAGUACUUCCACGAUGGCGCUGACCGGACGGCCGAGCUCAUCCAGCAGGGCGACUACAUCGCCGCCUUCCACUCUUGGGAUGUCAUCCUGAACGGUGACAAGACGCCGUACCCGACCUACUACUACAACGUCACCGGUUUCGUCAACUACUUCAACUACCUCUACCCCAUCGACCCGAACGACAUCAGCACCAACCCGUACAACGACUUCCUGAACCUGCCGGCCACGCGCGCCUCCAUCCACGUGGGCAGCACGCCCUUCAGCGACGGCAGCGACGUCGAAUCCUUCCUGCUGGCCGACAUGAUGAACUCGUCGAAGCCGAUGGUGGAGGGCGUGCUCGACGGUGGCUAUCAGGUGAUGAUCUACAGCGGCCAGCUGGACGUCAUCAUCGCGUACACGCUGACGGAGCAGUGGCUGGCCUCUGCCGAGUGGCACGGCGCUGAGCAGUACCGUACCGCCGAGCGCUACAUCUGGCGCGAGGACGGCGAGAUUGCCGGAUACGCGCGCGUGGCCGACAACCUGCACGAGGUGAUGGUGCGUAACAGCGGCCACAUGCUGCCCUCCGACCAGCCAGAGUGGGGCUACGCCCUGAUCACUAAGUUCACCGGCACUGAUGGCACUGGAAAGGGCUUCAAAGCCUAAUGCAGACUCGUACCUGAUGCGUUUUUAGUCGCUAUUACGGAUUUGUGCACGUGAACCAUAAAUACACUACCAUUUGUUCCACUG